AUGCCGCAACAGCCUGAAAGCGCAGCUCGUACGAGAAUAUGUAAGGUGGACGAAGGGAUGAUCAGCAGGAAAAUCCGCGUUGCGGGGCGAAUCACAUCUUACAACGCGGACACGGGGCUAGCUGUUCUGCUGGACGGCAAGUUCGGGCUGCUCGUCGAUACAGAAUUGGCGCUGGACGAAUCGUCUGGCGAAUGGGCGACAGAACGCCUGUGCACUGUGAUGGUGAUCGGGCACGUGGAACGCACAGAGCAGUCAUUCGCAGCAGCAGCAGCGCCACCGCGGCUACCUGCGCACGCGUCUACAGUGCAGAUUGAUAUGAAACUUGUAUUACGAGCAAUCCUCAUAGUUAGAUCUCCAGAUUUGGACUUGAAGCUGUGGAACAGCGUGCUGGAAGAGGCAGAAAAAUGUCGCGGGGAAUCAGAAGACGUACAGUGA